AUGAUUCCAGUUCAAUUGGGCAACUCUGGAGAACACUUUCGCCUUCAAAGCAUUCGUCGCUCAGCAGCCAUGGCUUCCAAGGCUCUGCGCUCUUCUUCAUCCCCUGUUUCCGCUUCAGAAGGUAAGCUCUCCUCUCUCUUCACAUACCCACGUCGGCGAAAUCCCAGAAGCCGCGAACCCCGGCAAGAACCCGCCGUUGAAAUCUCGCCGCCGCCGCCGCCGCCGCCGCAAAAAUCCGAACUUUCGGACCGCAACACCACCCAAGAAGACCGAACUCGACUGGCCCUUUUCCUCGAAACGAAGUGCAAGUCGGGGGACUUCACCGUGGGCGAAGCGCUCCACCAUUUCGACCGCAUGGUGUCCAUGCGGCCCGCCCCUCCCGCUUCGUCGUUUCGCUUGUUGUUGGGUGCGCUGGCUAAGAAUAGCCAUUGCUCUGCCGUGAUUUCGCUUCGCGCGAAGCUGGAAUCUGCCUGGUUGUUGUCCGAUUAUAUUGUGCUCAACAUCUUGUUGAAUUGCUGCUGCAACGCGAGGCGGGUCGCCGAUGGUUUCGCGGUUUUGGGGGCCAUGUUUCGGAGAGGCCAUUGCCCGAACACUGUCAGUUACACUCAGUUGGUGAAGGGGUUGUGCUUGGAACAUAAAAUCGGCGAGGCGGUUGGGUUGUUUAUGAAAAUGUUUCGCUCGGGUCGCAGGCCUAAUAUUGUUACGUAUGGAACGUUGAUUAGUGGGUUAUGUAAGAGUGGUAAUACGAGCAUGGCGCUCAAGUUACAUCGAGACAUGAUGGGUAGCAAUGGCGAGGAUGGUGUCCUCUGCAAGCCUAAUCUAGUUUGUUAUAGUGCCAUCAUCGAUGGACUUUGCAAAGAUGGGUUGUUAGAAGAGGCUAGAGGACUUUUCUUGGAGAUGAAACUUAGUGGUAUUUUGCCGGAUGUAGUUGUUUACAGCUCUCUGAUACAUGGUUUGUGUAGCAUCGGACAGUGCAAGGAAGCCACUGUUCUGCUUAAUGAGAUGGUAGAUAAGAGAAUCUCGCCUAACACAAUUACAUUUAAUUCGUUGAUAGAAGUUCUUUGCCGAGAGGGAAAGUUGAAAGAAGCAGAAAAUGUGCUCAAAGUAAUGAUUGAUAGAGGUGUUGAACCUGACAGUUAUACGUAUAACACGAUAAUGUGUGGCCUGUGUUUCGCUGGCCAGAUUGAUGAGGCAAGGGAACUGCUCGUGCAAAUGGUGAGUAAGGGUUGCCUAAUUGAUGCAGUCAGCUACAAUGUGCUGAUCAAUGGGUAUUUCAAUCAGGGAAGUACAGAAGAAGCCAUAUGUAUGUACAAGGAGAUGAUUGAUGAAGGAAUUAAGCCAACAGUUGUCACCUUUAAUACACUAAUGAAGGGUUUUUCCAGAAAGGGGAUAUUGAAGCUGCAUGGGACUUAUUCCACAGGUUACAGAAGGAUGGGUUAGCACCAACUGUUGUAACAUACUCUAUCAUGAUACAUGGACUCUGCCAACAAGGUCAAUUUGAAGAGGCAAAUGAGUUAUUUAUGAAAAUGGAAGCCAAUGGUUGUCCUCCAAAUGUCAUCACAUUCAACACACUGAUGCAUGGCUUUUGUCAAAAUAAUGAGAUUGUCAAGGUGAUUGAGCUGCUUAAGAAAAUGGCAGAGAGAAGUAUUUUACCAGAUGACUUUACGACAUCUAUGCUAGUUGACGUGCUAUCAAAGGAUGAAAAUCAUAAGGAGUAUCUCAAUUUACUUCCUACAUUUUCUGCUUGAAAGCUAUUGGAAGAAGACACUUUCCAGUCAUUGGCAUGCUUUUUGCGUAAAGGCUGCACUACAGCAGUCGAAAGAUUGAUCCUGAUUUUGAGCUUCUUGGAAGUUGUCUAUCUUUCUUCUUUGGAAGAAUUCCGCAAAUGACAGGGAAUGAAUUCUUGUCAACUGAUGGAGGAAUUACACAGACUACAGGUGAAUCCGUGCUCUAUACAACUUAAGCCUCAAGCUCAAAGUAAAGUUCUAACUCAUUCAAGCUCAAAGCAGGAACGAAGAAAUGACAAUGUUGUAAAAUGGUGGACAAAAUGGAGCAUUCAAGUAUCUGGAAAACAUGGAUUUUCUGCCCAAAAAAGCAUUUGGAAUCUACCUUCCAGUAUGCAUAUUGUUGUGAAACUGGGGAAGACGAAGCAGCCUAUUGGGAAUGAAGCGGGUGUGUUAGGUACAUAUGAAGGAUAUAUUGGAGUUGUAUUCUGAACUAAACAAAAGAAGAUAUUGUUAUCCUAGCUUGGGACAAGACAAACCUGGGUUAUGUUUGAGCUUAGUCCUUGUCUAUUAGAUUUUUCUGACUCUUACAUCAAAGUAUUUCACAAAUUCGAACUCGAACUCAAAGACUUAGAAGUAUUAAAGAGUUCAUUGGAGGACCAACAAAUAAUCAUACAAACUCAGAUCAGAUGAAGAGGAUGGUAGAUGCACUGCAGAGGGUAACUCUUGGUAAUCUUGCUGACCUUGGACUUGGCUCAUUGUCCACUACUCAGGUAAUGUUUGACAUAGGUUAUUUGAUUCCUUGUAUUCUAGAAGCUGCAAACGAUACGGAUUAGAUGCUAGUGUGUUUUGAAUGGCUAUGUGGGGGAUUUGGGUUUAAUGUCGUGGUGUUCACUGGAGAAAAUUCAAAAAAUCCCCCCCAUAGUGGGCCCAAUUUCUCAAAGUUUCUCCUGACGGCUAUGACUCCAAGUCCAACACUGAGCAUGUCACCAAGUGCUGCCACAACCUCCCUCUAUCACCACAUCACUAGUAAACUCGAGCUUUCAAUGAUUCUCUGGCUUGUUCACUCAUUUCAAUGAAAUUGAUCAGAAAAAUCCAUUUCAUCGAUUGUGAUGACCGUUGAUGAUGAUGAUCGGGUGCUAUUUUGGGGAUCAGAACUGAGACUGCUUGGGUGCGGGUGAAGUGUGGUGCUAGGCUGGUGCUCCCAGGUCGGAGCGUCAAAGCCGCUGAAAGAGCUAUCGCUUGCUUGCAUCAUCUCCUAGUGUCCAGAAAAAUCAAUUUCACUGAUUUCGAUGAAAUUGAUAAGAAAAGUCAAUUUCAUAGAUUGUGAUGACAGUUGAUGAUAAUGAUCAGGUGCUAUUUCAGGGAUCAGAGCUGAGACUGCUUGGGUGCUGGCAAAGUGCGGUGCAUGGUGGGUGCUCCCAGGGCAGAGCCUUAAAGCCGAGAGCUAGUGCUUGCUUGCAUCAUCUCCUAAUCCAGAUUCAGAGAUCCUGGUCAUGGCGCUCGAUCUCUGUUCACUAGGCUCAGUCCACUUGCAAGAAAUUGCUUGCAUUUUCUCUGCACAAAAGAAUUGAAAUGGUGAAAUUUGGAGAUUAGGCUUUAAUGGGAAAAUAUGGGCUUUUGAGUAAGUCAAUGUACACGGGAGUGGCAUGUUCGGUUUCAGACAUUUUGGGACAAAAGUGCCCCCGGUUGAGUGACUCGCACAUGAUCACCAUUUGGACAACAUUUUGGCCGCCAAUGAGCUGGGAGGUGCAUUUCAGACAACGUCGCUAACUUAAGGGGUUCUUUUUAAGCAAAUGCUGUUCUGGGAAGAAUUUUGAGAAAUCGGGCUCACUUCAGUUUCAUUAAGUGUUUUAAUUGAGAUAUGGUUUCUGGUGGCUUUGUCAUUUUUAUCAUGCAUUAUAUUUGUUUCUGCUACAAUAUGUCUAAUUUACCGAUUUUCAUCUGA